AGCAACCUACCAUCGAUCACAGCUAUAAUAUAAUAUAAAUAGCUCUCACAUAUACAAUCAUUUACCAUCAGAUCGAUCGAGAUCCUCGAUUUCAUAUAAAGUCGAUACCAAAUCAAAACCAGGCAGCAUGAAGAUGGCCAUCAUCUUGGCGGUGGCGCUCGUGGCUCUCACUGGCGCCUCGGCGCAACAGAUCAGCUGGGAGGAGCCGCAGCAGAGCUUCUAUGGCGGCGUCGGCCUGAACUCCUGCGCCGAGUACCUUCGGCAGCAGUGCACCCAGGUGGCGGUGCCCUACUUCAUCCGGCGGGCGCAGAUGUGGCAGCCGAGCAUCUGCCAGCUGCUGCGGCAGCAGUGCUGCCUGCAGCUGAGGCAGAUGGAGCCGCAGGCCCGGUGCCAGGCCAUGUGCGCCGUGGUUCAGUCCGUCGUGCUGCAGCAGCAGCAGCAGCAGCAGCAGCAGCAAGGAGCCCUCUACGUGCCUCAGCUGCCGGCUGCUCAGUCCCCGAUCGCGGUGGCGCAGAUGGCGCAGAACCUGCCGGCCAUGUGUGGCCUCUACCAGCUACCAAGCUACUGCACCACCCCCUGUGCCAUUUCUGCCAUUGGUGGCCACUACUGAACUACUACUUAGCUUGUAAUAAGACGUUGCACAUCAUCAUGUGUGACCAAUGCAAUAAUAUAUUUAUGAAUAAUGGAUGAGUAGUACUAUAUAUAGUGAUCAGAAUAAUACUUCAAUAAAGUUU